AUGAUUAGUAGUUUCAGGAGGAAGGUACUUAUUGGAGCUGCGUUGAUUCUAGUUGUAGGGACGCUCUUCUUCAUUCAUGCAUCAUCGCCAUUGAUUCAAGUUUCUAAUUACUUCGUGGAUACCACUAAUGGGGCGGAGGCGCCUGGAUACCAUGAAGUAACAGAACUUGAAGCCGAGCAUGGUGGAAAGGAAACCUUAUCAAAGCAGGAAGUAAAAAUGAAUUCGAGGCAUGUUAGAUUCCUCCCUGAUUCUAUAUUAACCCACCUUUUUGAGUCCUAUGAUUUAAGCAAAGUUGACUGGUCGAAGUUUGCUUAUGUCCAAUAUGCCACCAAUAUGGAUUAUUGUUGCAAUGCAUUAAUGAACUUCGCAAAGCUACGUUCAAAGUACAAAACUAAAGCUGAACUUGUCCUAAUUGUAACUAAGGAUGCAGCAGUGGAUUUAGAAGAAGCAAUGAUGAAAAAGCUUAAAGAGUUUGGUGUUACUAUAAAAGAAGUGGAGGCCUUAAAAUUUAAGAGUAAAGAUGAAACUUGGCAAGAAGGGUUCACCAAAUUCAACGCCUUUGGGUUAAAAAAAUAUGCUAGAGUCAUCUACUUCGAUAAUGAUGCUACGAUUUUGGGCAACAUGGACAGUUUAUUCUUCAUUCCCAACGAAGUUGACAUAGCUAUGCCACUUGCAUACGAUGAGACCGUAAGAAAGAUGAAGAAAAUAUUUGCUGAAUAUGAAUCGCAUGAGGAGUUGAAAACGGCAAUUCCAAAGUGUUCUAGGAAGUCUGAAGACGAUAAGUUCCAACUUGAGAGUAAUAUUAUUAAAGGUGCAAAAGAAGCACUCAAAAGUAAAGGGAUUUCGUAUCAGUCCUUAGUAUACCAGAGAUUACCAUAUUUAUAUAACCAUGCACUUCUUGAUCUGUACUAUUUCGGUGAUCAUUUCAUGGUAUUGAAGCCAAGCAUUAAGACGUAUAAGUCACUUGUUGAAUUAUGUGAAACUAAAAAACCCGCUGAGUACGAUAUGGAGUUGAUAAACAAGCAGUUUUCGGUUAAAAGAGCACUUUCAAGUCUGGAUUCCAAUUUGAUGAUAUUACCUCACAGUGCAUAUGGAGCAUUGAGUGGGACAUUAAGGAUUAGAGCGUAUGAACUUUUGCAUUAUACCGAUCCCACUGAAGUGCAUUGCUAUGCUAGAAGUGAGUUUGACAGGGAACAAAACAAGUUUAAACGUAGGGAGACUGAAAAGCAUGCUUAUCAAAACGAAGGAAACAGAGUUUCAAAUGAAGUUGAUAAAGUAAGAAGAGAAUCAGAUCUGACAAAUGAGGAAGAAACUGAAAGAGUUUGGGAAGCGGUGAAAGCUGUCCAUUUCUCAGACUAUCCCUUACCGAAACCAUGGAUGGAAGUAAAUCAAUACCGCGAGUACGUUUCUAAUAUGAUCUUGUGUGAGAAAGAGAGAGCAAAGACAAAGAAAUAUAGAAGCAAGUACAGGCCAAAGAUCAUUGACGACUGCGCUGCAAGCAGGCUAUGGAAUGGAUUGUAUGAAACAUUUCAAGAGGAAAGGGAGAGUAUAUGUGGACUAACACUAUCUAUAUAG